CUUAAUUUGCAGAAAUCUAUACUGGGUCAUGGGUUUCCCGGCAUUCCAGGGUCAAAUGGCAUGCCUGGAAUGCCGGGUGUCCCAGGACCGCAAGGACCCCAGGGAAGGGAAGGUACAAAGGGACAGAUCGGUGAUAAGGGAUCACAAGGAAUGCCGGGUCCAAGAGGAGACAGAGGGCGCGAAGGACUCCCUGGGAAGAGCGGACCCCCAGGAAUGAAAGGCAUUAAAGGAGAAACGGGAAUGGUGGGAAUGAAAGGAGAGCGAGGCAUUGUGGGAAAUCAAGGAAGAAAAGGAAGCAAAGGAGAGAAAGGAGAAAGCGUCAAAGCAAGUCAAGCAAGUGUAGUACCACAAACCAACUGGAAACAAUGUGUGUGGAAAUCACAAACCAGUACUAACAACGGAAAGAUUAAGGUAAGCAAGAAAUAUGCUAAAUAAUUGCUAUAGAUCACAAGAAAGGUAGAUGAUCUCAUUCGAUAGAAAAAGGUAGAAAAAUUAAGAUUUUACUCAAAUUAACUUGGAGUCAAUUAAAUAGCUCUGAGAAGAUAAUUCUUCUUACCCUUCCCCCUCCGGCAUGUCAGGUGAUCAUCACUCCGUUUAACCUCUUUCAGUUAAUUUUCAUUUCCUUUCCCAUUUACUAUUACAAGAAUAGAGGUGUUCUUUUAAAAUAGAUUUUAAUUGUUUUCCAGGAGUGUGCUUUUAACAAAUUAAAGUCUCAUUCAGCGCUCAAAGUCUCAUUCCAGGGAAACAUGAGGGUCUAUGGUGAUGUUAAGUGUAAUCGCUGGUAUUUCAAGUUCAAUGGAAACGAGUGUAGUGGACCAAUGACGAUUGAGGCUGCUGUUUACAACGACUGGACAUCAGGGAACUCUAAUCUGCAUCAUCAUCGGUCAUUUGAGGGAUACUGUGAAAACAUUCCACAAGGCACAGUUAGAGUGGAAUUAUGGGUAGGAAAGUGUAGUAGUGGUCACGCCCUGGGUGAUGCUUACACCGGAUGGGAGUCAGUGUCCCGGAUAAUGAUUGAAGAAGUAUGUAGGCCCCAGUUAUAG